AUGGUUCGAGCAACGCAGCUGCUGGCGUGGCUCGCCGGAGUGACGUCCACAGUGAACGCUGCUGCAAUUGACAUUGUUCCAGAGGCGCUCACUGCCCGUGACCUCACCGCGUCUCUGGAUGUUAGUCUCACUUUCGGCCAAUGCCACCCUGUUGUCCGCCACGAGGAUUUUUGGAUGGAGACAAUUAAGCAUACAGGCGUGUCUCCAUUUCUCAACGAUUCUUCAUACACAGUCUACCGUAAUGUCAAAGAUUUUGGCGCAAAGGGCGAUGGCAAAACAGACGAUACUGCGGCCAUUCAAGCGGCGAUUGAUGCUGGCGGACGAUGCUUAUGGGGAUGUGGCCCGGGAGACCCUCCAGCCAAAACACUCAAGCCUGCGCUAAUCUAUUUCCCCUCCGGAACUUACAAGAUUUCACGAACUCUAAACAGCUACAUCUUCACACAACUUGUCGGCAAUCCAUUAGACAGACCAGUUCUCAAAGCCGAUAAGAACUUCUCCGGUCUAUACCUCUUGGAUACGUUCCCUUCUCCAACGACUUCGCCAUUCCCUACAACCAUCAAUCUCUACUACCAAGUACGAAACUUUGUAUUUGAUACAACCAGCGUAGAUGCCAAAUCAACUGUUGCUUGUGUCAAUUGGCCUUCUGCGCAGGCCGUGACUCUGAGCUUCAACCACAUGAAGAUGGCUGAGAACAGCUUACACCAGGGCGUCGUUUUCAACGGAACCACUGGCGGCGGCGGCGGCUCUGCUACUUUCAUGGGAGACUUGGAGUUUACUGGAGGCAACAUCGGUAUCCGAUUAAACAACCAGCAGUAUGCCAUGCGCGCACUGACUUUCAACAAUGUCAAGACCGGAAUACAAAUUGACCACAUUUUCACUCUAUCCCUCCAGGGCGUCAAGUUCAACAAUGUCAAUGUUGGUGUCAAUUUUACCGCGCCGCCAAAUAACUCUGUCGGAUCGGUCAUCCUGAUUGAUUCAGAGGCCACCUCCACUGGCAAGGUUGUUGUAUCGCAACACACUGAAAACGCAGAUGGCUCCCUAAUUAUUGAGAACCUCAAACUCAACCGCGUCGACCACGCUGUCGCUGAUACGCAUGGCAAUUCUGUCCUUGCAGGAUCAACUCGCUCUACUACAAUCAAGUCCUUUAUCCAAGGCACUGUGUACAGAGAUCAGACCACCGGCAAAUACCUGGAGAGCAGCGGCUCACUUUCGCGCCCCCAAGCUCUUGUAGACUCCAGCGGCGCUUACUGGACCAAGUCACGACCUCAGUACGAGCAGUACGGCUCUGGCUGCUUUUCCAGUGUCCGGGACUUUGGUGCCACGGGAGAUGGAAAGACGGAUGCCACCAAGGCGAUCAAUGCUGCACUCAAGGCUAAUGCCAACCGAAGGAUCACAUACUUUCCUGCUGGAAACUAUCGCGUCAGUGGCACCAUCCACGUCCCCGUUGGAUCCAGAAUUGUUGGCGAGGUCUGGUCUACCAUUAGUGCAUACGGAAGCGCAUUUGAGGAUGAGAAGAACCCUCAGGUUGUCUUCCAGAUGGGCACCACCGGAUCCCGUGGCUUUAUAGAAGUGAGCGACAUUGCAUUUGACGUAGCAGAUGUCCUUCCCGGUGCCAUUCUGGUCGAAAACAACGCAGCUGGAUUCAGACCAGGCGAUGUUGGCCUUUGGGACUCACAUUUCCGCGCCGGUGGCACAAUCGGCUCUGCCGUUGAAACCAAGUGCCGCUCUUAUCCCCAGUCCCCGAUCGAUCAGUGCAAAGCCGCCUUCUUGUUUCUGCAUCUCAAGUCUAGCAGCCAAACCUACCUGGAGAGCGUCUGGGGCUGGUCUGUCAACCGUGAUCUCGAUGGUCUCAGCGGUGCUACCAACGGAACCAGCCAGUCUGUUGCCGUGGGCCGAGGCCUUCUUGUGGAAUCCAAGCUCGGAACGUGGCUCGUAGGUACAGCGUUUGAGCACAAUGUUCUUUACCAGUAUCAGUUUGCCGGCGCGCAAAAUGUACAAGCUUUGAUGGCGCAAACAGAGACUGUCUACUGGCAGCCUGCACCAGCGGCUCCCUCUCCCUGGACACCUGAUGCCCGAUACUCUGACCCUGAUUACUCCAACUGCGAUGGAAGCUCGAUCCAGUGUUUCAUGGGCUGGUCUCUCCGUGUCGUAGGAGGCAGUGAUAUGACCUUUUACGGCUUGGGCUUCUGGCAAUUCUUCAACGGCCUCAACGGCGUUUCAGGCCCAUACGCUCAAGACAACAUUGUCUCUAUCGAGGGCCAACCGAAGCGGCUGAAGAUUUUCAACCUCGGCACGCACUUGGUGAAGAAUAUGGUGACUGUGAAUGGCGAGGCUGCGGCGCUGAGUGCCGAUAAUAAGGGUGGAUGGGGCGGUCUUAUUGCUGCCUAUCUACCGUUUGCUUAA